UAUUUUAUUAUUUUAGGCUUCCCGUUUUGCAAACUAUGCGCUUUUAUACAUAAAACAGUGCAUGCGUAAUUUUAACUCAAUGUUGAAAUGAAAGUAAAGCCCGUUAAAGGUACAUAGCAAUGCAAAUGCGUAUGUUACACGGACUCACGAAGAGCGUGACUACUGAAGCAACUCUGUGUCCUCGCCGUGGUGCGCUGUUUUACGAACGGGGCGGGAGUCUUCGUCUGGUGUUUUUACGCGCACUGAGCGCGCUCCAUACCGGAGCGACCGCGAGCUGAAAAUGGGAUUCGAAAAUGAGAAAUCCGAGACGAGCAUUAUUUUGGACGAAGAUGAGUUCAACAGAUCAGUUGAACCUAUUCUAAAUAAGAAAAAUAAAGCGGUUACGGAGACGGCAGAUAGAGACCCGCAAGACAUAAACGGCAACUUAAAGGUUAAUUUCGAGGAUAUCGUCGGCGAACCGAGCGCUGCCCACAGCUUUGACCAAGUGUGGAUCUCAAGCCACGCCGUGUUCGAACUGGUGAAAUAUGUUCUGUACCGGCUUCUGACCACGGUACUGGCGAUCCCGCUGUCGUUUGUAGCCGGAAUCGUCUUUGCGGUCCUCAGCUGUGUACACAUUUGGGUGGUGAUGCCUCUGAUCCGGGCCCUCCUGGUGGUCCUGCCCCCCGUACAGACCGUCUGGGGCAGUCUGACGGACACGUUCGUCGCCCCGCUGUUCCACAGCGCGGGGACGUGUCUGUCCGCGGUCCAAGUCAAGGUCCUGGAGGACUGAGACGCUCCCAGCAGCACCGCCGGAUAAAGAGACCGGGAAAACCAGAUAUCUGCCUGUCGUUCCACUCUGUCAGAUGCUGCUUCCUCCGCCCGGUUUUAAUGGGAUCAAAUGUAAUGUGAGCAGGAGUAAGGUUAGCCUGUGGUGGGUUUUGGUCAGAAGUUUUUUUUUUUAAAUCAUUGUACAUAUUGUGACGAUAGUGGACCAUUUAGAGUCUGAUUUACUAAAAUAUCUAUUAAUAUAAUGUAAAUAUUACAGACACAGAUAUGCAGUUAAGCCAAAUUAUUUUUUUCGCUGCAACUGUAUUGAGCUUCCAUUACAUUUAUUACUGUUAUUUAGCUGAAGCUUUUAUCCAAAACAACUUACAGUUGAUUAGAUUAAGCAGGGGCCAAUCCGCCUGGAGCAGUGAAUGGAGCAGGGUCUUGCUCAAGGGCCCAACAGCUGCAUUGGUGCUUGAACCACCUGCCUUCCUGGUCCCAGUCAAGCACCUUAGCCACUGUGCUUUUAAAAACAGCAUUUGUAUGUUUUUUUUAUUUUAUUUAUUUUAUUCAGAUGAGUGAGUGACCCCUAAUGUAAACAAAAUAUGCUAUAUGGUAUUUUUUGUGCAGUAAUAUUCAAACAUUGGAUCAUUAAAUUAUGACAAUAUUUAAUUGUUCAUGCUUUGUGAGAAAUUGGCUUUGUUUGGGCUUACCUUUACAAUAUAAGACUAUGUUGAAAAUAAGAAUUAUUGAUUGUUGAAUUGCCAGGCUUUUUGUAUUCUUGUGUUUUCUUCAAUAAUGGUCCAAUAAUUACAUAAUGUUAUCGGG